AUGUACUCGGACAGUUUUGAUGAGGUUCUGGGCCUAGAGGAACAAUUCUACAACGCUGGCUUCCAACAAGGCAUGGUCGAUGGCGUGAAAGCCGGUCGGAUCGAAGGACGAACAUUUGGAUUGGAAAAGGGUUUUGAAAAGUAUAUGGAAAGUGGGAAGCUCUAUGGGAAAUCAAUCAUUUGGGCAAAUCGCAUUCCUCGCCUUGAAAAAGACAACCUCAAAGAAGAUGGUUCAGCUCCCCAAUUUGGAGGGCAAGCCACCUCCUUUCCUCUUGGUGGUAGGCAAACGCAUCCGCGGAGCCUCGAUCCACUGCCCGCAAAUCACCGACUGGAAAACCACGUCAAGGUGCUGCACGCGUUAGCAGAAUCCGAAAGUCUGUCGACGGAGAAUACCGAGGAUGCAGUGUCAGAUUUCGAUGACAGGCUGAAACGAGCUCAGGGGAAAGCAAAGAUCAUCGAGAAGAUCUCAGGGGAAAGAAACCCGGGGACGGGUAACGACGUUCCAGAAACACGUAAUACAAGCAACGUUUAA